AUGUAUCGCUUUAGAAUUAACGACCCACACUUGAUCGCAGGCACUCGACGUUCAUGCAGCAUCGUUACUGUCAGCGUAGCCAGGAGGAGAUCCAGUAAGAGAUGUGCUGGCUGGAGUUUGUUAGAGCCUCCGCGAUUGGUUGAAGUACGAGAUGAUGGUGACUCAUUCAAAAAAUUAGAAACGUGCAUGACCACAAACCUCUGCAGCAGUUUCGAAUGGACAGGCACUCAGAGCCUAGACUGGAACGAGCCGACCUCGCAAGAUGAACUUCCGGUUGAACAAUUCAGAACUCUGAUGAACAAAAUCUUGAAACAAUUUAGAAUUUCGAUCGAUAUAUGUAUAUACUUAUACGGGUAA